GCGGCCCCGCGUGGCUUCCCGGAAUGGAGGGGCCGAACUGCCUCUGCCCACUACGAAUCCCGCGGCUUAAACGGAACAGUGGCCGGUUUUCCUUGCGAGUCGGGCUACUUGCACCUAUGAGAACUCAAAACUAGCAUGCUUUUAUCCGCAAAUAACGACGCCGAUUUGCCAGACGUUUUAGAUUAAGUUCUCCUUUACUUUUGACCGGUUAUCUGAACUAUGUAACUCGUUAAUGUAGGCUUUCGAUUCACGAAAGAUAAUGUCCCGGGAUGAGGCAGAAGUUAACAAGUUAAUUUCUCCCGAUUGCACUGAUUGUGUCGGUUAGUGGAGCCUGGUUUGCUGUAUAUCAUGAUAAAAAGAAAUUAGGGCAGAAGAAGAGUAGAUGAAAUGAAGGACAGACUGCCGUCCAACGGGAGAAUUAUAAAGGCAGAUUUGUUCCUUAGAACAGACAAGAAAGAGAAGAAUUCCUGAUUUUUGAUGAAAUUGAGUCAUGAAACUGUAACCAUUGAGUUGAAGAAUGGAACACAAGUCCAUGGAACAAUCACAGGUGUAGAUGUCAGCAUGAAUACACACCUUAAAGCUGUGAAAAUGACCCUGAAGAACAGAGAACCUGUGCAGUUGGAAACCUUGAGCAUCCGAGGAAAUAACAUUCGGUACUUUAUUCUACCAGACAGCUUACCUCUGGACACAUUACUUGUGGAUGUGGAACCUAAGGUGAAGUCUAAGAAAAGGGAAGCUGUUGCAGGAAGAGGUCGAGGCCGAGGUAGAGGAAGAGGACGUGGUCGCGGAAGAGGAAGAGGGGGUCCUAGGCGAUAAUGUCUUUCAAGAUUGCUGUUUCAAAGUGAUAAGGAAUUGGGGGAUAGUUUUUGUACAGGUUUUGUUUGUUUGUCAAUUUUUAAUAAACGUUAAGUGUGGGGAUGGA